GGAAGUGCGUGUCUCUUCACUGACGCUGGGAGAAUCCAGCUCUCGGACAUUUGUCCACCUCCAGGCUCAGUGCGUGUUGUCUCACAGGGACAGAGACACGGUGAGGACACGGGGAUGAUCUGCAUCCUGCUGGUGGCCGGUCACGGCACCGUCCUGGAGACUCAGAUCAAGAACGAUGACACGGGCCUGUACAGCCACCUGGCCGGGGUACCAAAGGCCCUGCUUCCUGGCACCGGAGGGAAGAAGAUUCUUGACUUUUGGUGGGAAACCGUCAACAUGCGGCAGCUGUUCUCAGAGGUGUACCUGGUCACUAACGCAGACAAGUACAAGCACUAUGAGCGCUGGGCCACAGCUAACGACUUCCCAGUGGAGAACGUGGUGAAUGAUGGCAGCACGACGCUGGAGGACCGCCUGGGGGCCGUGGCCGACCUGGAGCUGGCCAUACGCAGUCGCAAGCUGCAGGACGACAUCAUGGUGAUUGCUGGAGACAUGCUGUGUGCGGACCAGAACUUUGACAUCGCUCAGGUUAUCCGCUUCUUCAGGUCAAAGCCUGGAGAGCUCAUCAUUUACUAUGAGUUGGAGGAAAGUGAGAAGAGCAGCUCCAGGGGCAUCGUGGAGGUUUGCCCUGACACCCACAGGAUAACUCGCUUCUCGGAGAAGCCCCAGGAUGGUCUGACGUCAUCGCGACUGGCCAGCGUGGUGUUCUACAGCAUCCAGAGAGACACGCUGUCCUACCUGUCUGACUUCCUCAGCCUGCAGCCUCAAGCCACACACAGGACCUUCGGCCGAUUCUGGGAGUGGCUCAUCAAUGAGAAGCAGUUGGAUGUGUUCGGGAUGAAGCUGCCUACUGGCUUCCAGCUUAUCGGACAAGUGGGCCUGUCAGACUACACCAAGUGGCUCACUCACUACUCAUCCAAGCAGCAGGCCAGCGCUGCUAAACCAAUCACACGCAGGUCGUUUGCCAGGGUUGGAUUAAUGGGGAAUCCCUCAGACGGUUUCAAUGGGAAAACCAUCGCCAUGUCCAUCUCUAACUUCUGGGCUGAGGUCACUCUAGUGGAGAGCCAGACUUUGGCUUUGGUUCCUCAUCCUCUCAACGAUCCUACAGAGUUUGGAAGCUUGCAAGAUCUGUUCUGUAUCAGCAGGAAGGAAGGAUACCUGGGGGGUCUGCGGCUGCUGCAGGCCACCUGCAAGAAGUUCUACCAGUUCUGCUCCAAACAAGGUAUUGCUUUGACAAAGCAGAACUUCACGCUGAAGUACGACACCAACAUCCCUCGGCAGGUGGGCCUUGCUGGAAGCAGUGCCAUUGUCUCAGCGACCCUGAAGUGUCUUAUGAAAUUCUACAACAUCACAGACAAUGAUCUCCCCAAGCCAGUCCGAGCCAACUUCAUCCUCAACGUGGAGACGGAUGAACUCUUCAUUACUGCUGGUUUGCAGGAUAGAGUUGUUCAGGUCUAUGAAGGUUUGGUCUAUAUGGAUUUCAGCAAGAAGCUCAUGGAGGAGCAGGGAUAUGGGAAUUAUGUUUCUAUGGACAUGAGUAACCUUCCACUGUUCUGGCUGGCGUACCUGAGUGACCCCAGUGACUCCGGACGCAUCCACAGCAACAUCCGACAGCGCUGGCUCAGCGGAGAGCCUCUGGUCGUUGAAGCCAUGAAGAAUUUUGCUGAGCUGACUGAUCAAGCGAGGUCGGCCCUGCAGCACAGAGACUGGAGCCGUCUGGCACAACUGAUGGACCAGAACUUUGAGCUGAGGAGGUCUGUCUACACCGACGACUGUCUGGGUCCUGGGAAUCUUAAAAUGGUUCAGCUGGCGAGGCAGUUUGGCUCAGCAGUGAAGUUACCAGGCAGUGGAGGAGCUGUGGUGGGUCUCUGUCUGGACCAGGCCAGACUGGUAAGACUAAGAUCGCAUUAUGUGGAGGUUGUGACGUCUGAUUCUCGGGGUGAACCAGCGGAUCUCAUUCGCUGCUCCUCCAGUGGGCGGAGUAGCGGGGCUCUGCCUCUGCCGCUCGCAGCCGCUCGCUCCUCCACUCAUGCGGACCCGCUGACUGGGAUGGACUAG